AUGUCGUCCACGUCGUCGGCCCUGCCUGGCCGUCAAUCCCACGCUCGGACGAGCUCGCACUCGCUGCUAACAGGUGCUCUGAACGCCAACCACCGAGUGACUCGACGCAAGUCUGUCACCAACCCGAAUGCCAAUGUGACCGCGAUCGCCGCCGCUCUUCGGGAAAGUGAGCGUUCUUCCGCCUUGCCUAUCGGUAGUGGUGGACGCCGGAUGUCCAAGAGCGCUGCUGCCCGGGCCGCUCUCGUCGGCAGCCUUCCCUCUCCCCCCGCUAGUCUCCCGAACCACAAGUCGAUACCCGAAACGAAGCAAGAACUCAAUGGUAGCGCCAUUGAGGACGAUGUGAAUGAGGGCUCGGCUGACGAGGGAGCUACCAAGUUCCAGAAGGCUCGUCAACGCCGUGCCAGCGAUGGCCAGACUCUCAAAGAGAGCAAGAAGAGCAACAGGGUUGAGGUUCGCUGUGACAAGUGCGGUGGGAACAUACACCUGACGCUGACACCCCCCCCCGAGUCCACCAAGGACUUCCAGAGUGAAGCUGGUUCAUCCUCGCCUGCUGCGUCUGGAUACUCCGAUCCCGCUGAGCGACAAAGCUCUGCCGACACUACCCCACCUCCGUUUGCUGAAGGGGUCAAUGUUGACGGCACUUCGUACCGAAACAAGCGCUUCAGCAGCAAUGGCGGAUACGCGACCAGCUUCCAGUCUGCUUCGGCUGCCUCCUUCGGAGCAGGAAGUAUGCCGUACGGUUCAGGAUUUGGUCACUACCGCCAGCCAAGCCAUGAACACCGCCCAGGAUCUUCCGGGCGUAACGCUACAGGCGAGGACGAUCGGGACCUGGCUGCUGCUGUUGAGCUUCUUAGCUGCAGCUUUGGGAGCAACAACGGAUCCCGACCUGCCAUGGUUCCUGCUGAUGCCCCUCCCGUUCCUCCGCUGCCAGCUCAAUACCUUGAUCAGGCAGCAUCUCUGUCUGCAAGCUUCAUUAACAGCUUUCCAAGUCGACAGCCUGAGAGCUUCACUCGUGGUGAGAUGAGACGCCCCAGCGACGACGUCAGAAUGGAGGGUAGCGGUGAUUCGGUCAUGGAUGAUGACGACUUCGAGAUGCGUUCGCGCGGUCGUAGUGAAGAUGAUGACGAUGGUGUUUUUGGUCGCAUGGAGGAAUGA